UCCAACAUGGUGGUUUUCUUCGGUGCCAGACGUGCGUCUACGGUAAAAGCCCCAUGUCCGGAAACGAUGACUCGUUUGUGAAACAAUCGUCCGAGUGAAGAAACAUCACGUGGACUACUGCACAGCGACGUGUACCUCAAGGAGGGGGGCGGUGAGUAGCAUCAGAAUGCUGUGCACCAUGGAGAAGCCGAGUGUUGGUGGUGGUGCCACGGGGGGCACAUGCACCUCGAGUGUGCCCAAGAUCAUGGUGUUCCGGCCCACCCUGGAAGAGAUGCAGGACUUCUCCAAGUACCUCGAGCACAUGGAGUCCAUGGGAGCCCACAAGGCGGGGCUGGCCAAGAUCAUCCCACCCAAGGAGUGGAUCCCCCGUAAAGGAGGCUACGACGACAUCGAUAUGGAGAUCCCAUCGCCCAUCUCACAAGUGGUGUCCGGGGGCCAGGGCCUCUACCAGCAGUACAACAUCCAGAAAAAGUCCAUGAGUGUCAAGGAUUUCAGGCGCGUCGCCCAAAGUGACCGUUUCAGCACUCCCCCUCACUUUGACUAUGAGGACUUGGAGCGCAAGUAUUGGAAGAACAUUGCCUUCAACCCUCCAAUCUACGGUGCGGAUGUGUCAGGAUCACUGUAUGACCCAGGUGUUAAGGAGUUCAACAUCAAUCACUUGAACACCAUUCUGGACCUGGUGGGCCAGGACUAUGGCAUCAAGAUUGAAGGGGUCAACACGGCCUACCUUUACUUUGGCAUGUGGAAGACCACGUUUGCCUGGCACACCGAGGACAUGGACCUGUACUCCAUCAAUUACCUCCACUUCGGGGCCCCCAAGUCGUGGUAUUGCGUGCCCCCCGAGCACGGGCGCCGGCUCGAGCGCCUCGCGGCGGGCUUUUUCCACAACACGGCUCAGGAGUGCUCUGCUUUUCUGCGGCACAAGAUGACCGUCAUCUCUCCCCAGGUCCUACGCCAGUACUCGAUACCUUACAACAAGAUAACCCAGGAGGCCGGCGAGUUCAUGAUCACUUUUCCCUACGGCUACCAUGCCGGCUUCAAUCACGGUUUCAACUGCGCCGAGUCCACUAACUUUGCCCUGCCUCGUUGGGUUGAGUACGGCAAGCGGGCCUCACAGUGCCUGUGUCGGAAUGACUGCGUGAAGAUCAGCAUGGACGUGUUUGUGAAGAAGUUCCAGCCUGAUAGAUACGAGCUGUGGCUGGCCGGCCAGGAUGUGGGCUGCCACCCUGAGGAUCCCUCGAGCCGGGUGCCUGCCCGGGCGCCCACCCACAUUGAGAUGGCCAUGCUGCGUUCCAUGAUCAAGUCCAAAUCAAAGCGCCACCCUGUGCUGUCCAAACACUGUCUCGUGCCCGAGGAGGAUGCCGGUGACACUGACGGCACUGAGAUCUACGACCCCGAGGACGACGAAGACACCAAGAAGCAGCGGCGGCCGUCCAAGGGGUCGCUCUCCAAGCGCAAAGGCCCGCCCAAGGGGGCAGCACAGGGUCGCGACAAGAAGCGGCCUCGCAAGCCUCGCACCAACAGCACCAACGAUGGCGAUGCCUGUCCCAUUAAAGGGCCGGCAAGCAGAAACCCCGCCCAGUACACUAGCUUGAUGCAGGAGCUGAGCAUAGUGGUGGAGCCUCUGGCAUACAAGGGGCCUCCGAAACUGGAGCCCCUGAAGGCGUCCCCUGCCGAGGCUCCCUCUCAGUCGGAGCCAACGCAGCUGCCCGCCGAACGCUGUGAGGAUGUGUACCAGCACACUGCUGAGCUGCCCGCAUUGAGCCUGGGACCGGGGGGUAGUCUGGGCGACCAGUGGUCCCUGAUGACUCCGGUGGAGGCACUUGUUCCCGCACCAACGCCCUCUCCCAACCAUUUGGCACCGCUUCUUCCUCCUUCCCCGCCAGAGGAGACCAGUGCGCUUCCUUUCUCGAAGGUGGCUAAUGAGAAGGAGGAGGAGGUGACACGCACCCCCGGCAUGCCGCGCAAGCUGUGCCUGAGCACGGCCGUGCGACGCCAACCCCUACACCCUGCACCCAAGAAGCACAAGUCGCAUCCGGCACUCAUCAAGGGCCCCGGGGAAGACAGCAGUGACGAAGGGUGGUCUUCCGGAGGGGACACUUCUGGGUCAAAGGCCAACAGCAGCAGCAGCAGCAGUGCGGCCGCAACCACAAUGAGUGGUGGCAACAACAACAACAACAAUGGCAACGGCAGUCUCGGGGCGAGGGAGCCCGGCAGCUGGGCAGCGCCGUACAUGGACCUGUGGAGCUUCCGACCGGCCAAUCUGUAUGCCGAGCGACAGCUCAACCGGUACUCCUCCACCCUCGAGCCGCACUGUGCCCUCUGCCUGCUCUUCCGACCAAUCCAGUAUUCACGCGAGGAAACGCCCAGAGAGCAGCCGACAGUGCCGGAGUCUAGUGCCGUGUGGAUGCCCGCAGUGUGCUUCGUAAACGGUGGCCUGGACGUGGUGACCAGUGCCGAAGUGGGCAUGCCAGAGAUUCCCGACACCGACGUCAAGUCGAGCGAGCUGCUCAUUUGUACCUCCUGUUCAGUCUGUGUUCACAAACACUGUUAUGGUGUCACGGUUCCUGUCAUCAAGGAAACUUGGAAGUGCGACCGAUGCGCUGUGCAGCCUAUCAGUGUGGAGUGUUGCCUGUGCUCCUUGCGUGGGGGUGCCCUGAAACAGACAACUCACGGGCGCUGGGUGCACCUGCUGUGUGCCCUGCUGGUGCCUGAGGUUCACCUGAUCGACCAGCGUGCUCGUUCUCCCGUGGACGUUCUCCGAGUCACACCGCAGAGGGCCCGUCUGCGCUGCACAUACUGCCACAAGCUACGGGACCGGCUCGGCUGUCCCCUGGAGUUUGGCGCCUGCAUCCAGUGCACGUCGGGCAAGUGCACGACGGCGUUCCACGUGACGUGCGCUCACGCGGCGGGUGUCUCGUUCUUCACCUCGGACUGGCCGCUGCCCAUUUUCAUCAAGUGCAUCAAGCACGGUUCGACCCAGGGCGACACCAAGGUCAGGGAGGACACCACUCGUUCACCACUUGUCACACCACGGGAGCGCGCUCCGGCCGAGCCCCUUCCUCCUGUGGAGCCCGGCAGCCGUGUGGUGGCCAAGCACAAAAACGGCCGCUACUACUGGGGACGGGUGCAGGAGUGCCGCAGAGAGGACCUGUACUCGGUCGUCUUUGAAGACAACUCCUCGUGCGAUAACCUACGGCCAGUGGACAUAGUGCAAUGGGACGUCUUUCAGGACCGGGACUGCAUGCAAGCAGGACCACCAAACCUUGGCGACAUAGUUCAGGUGAACUGGACGGACGGCAAGCUCUAUCACGCUGUGUUCAAGGGACACAAAACGGUCAACCUGUACACGGUGGUGUUUGAGGACGAAUCCGAGCGGACAGCCAAGCGCGAGGACAUCUAUGUCGAAGGAGAAGAGCUCCCGAAGCGGGUCAAGUCUAGUCUGAAGCGACCGAAAGGCAGCACAUUGACUUGUUCCAAGAACAGCCGGUGGAAGGUCGUCGCCGCCGGGCCCUCAACGUACGCUACAUCGACGACGACAUCCUGCUUCUCUGAUGAAAGAGGUAGUACGUCGUCGUCAUCGUCAUCCGCAUCACCCGAGCAGCAGCAACAGCCACUUCGCUGCCCGCCCCUUUACCUGCGGCGGGAGAGUACGCCACCGCUAGCCACUGUAGCCAAUGCGGUUGCCACAGCGCCCGUCCUGCAGAUGUCCUGUCGGUGAUGACAACGCGGCAAUGAGUGUGUUGGCCGAGAACACUGGGAGCCAUUGAGGCCUGAACAAAAAGACAGUGUUGUCAUUGUGUGUGCGUGCGUGUGUGCGUAGCUGUGAACUUUGCAAUUGCAUAAUGAACGGUAGUGUUGGGUUUCAGCUCUGGACAUUAAGUGCAACCCCGUUACAGCGAGAUAUAGGUCAUUUAAAGGCACAGCAUCAUAGCUACAGUGUUCAAACACAAUGUAUUAGUGUAUGUGCCUGCUCACAGCACCUAUGUUGAUGAGCCAAAUGAACCAGUCUCUCUAAUGAUCUGUGAAUCGCAGUUAUUGCCCACUUGUGCGAUCCUGUGCGGUGUGCUUGUUUUGCCGCAUUCGCACUCGUCUAUAGGAGUAUGUCAAGGGCAUGUGCCAGCACUGUAUAAAUUUGGCUCCUCCCAUGACACAGUGCAUUACCUUAUUAUACUAGUGCUAGCGUGUGUCCUAGUUGAUUGUCAUUGGCAAGGACACCUUGUAGUUGAAGUAUGCAGAAAGUAGCACAUUGCCCAUAGAGUCUGCCGAGCUUUUUGCCCGGUAGCCUCGAUGAAAACAAUGACCCACCCAGAUGUUCACCAGGGCUGUAGUUGGCGUGUGCGCAUCCCUGAAAAUGUCCUCAUGGUGCAUGAGAACUGGAAUUAAAUUGAUGGUCAUCAAUUUUCGGUUCCGUGUUCCAUCAGCGUAGAGAUAUGUCAUUUUGAUUACUUUCUAGUGUCAGCAACUCUUACUACUGACAUUUGAAAAUAUCUGUUAAUCAAUCUGUUAUAGUAGAAAUAUGUCCCGCGCAUUGGCAGCCCCGUGGUUCUCAGAACCACGGUUAUGUCCACACGAGCAAACAUCUUCAUAACCAUAAUGGCGCUCUGCACGCCAUGUUUGUGGUGGCAAUAUUUGGCUGAAUGAUUUUAUUUGUUCACUUAAGGUUUUUCUUUAGUUCGUUGUAAACUUUAGCAGGGCUGUUUAGUAGUACAUUAAAAACUGCAAUGUUUUGCAAUGUCAGAACAAAUAUGGGGGAUAAUCAGGCAUUCUGUGUCGACAAUUUUCAUGGCUUAACUAUCGGUGCAGACUAUCGCUGUGUGUAGCUGCUAAUGCUACUACACUAAUUAUUUUUGGUGUGCAUUCUGUUGGACAGCAUGACUAUUAGUCUAAAGUGAACUUUAAAUUUUUGGAAUUCUCUCAGCCAACAUUUACUCUGAGUGUUUGCUUAGCCAACUGUCGUUCCCGGCUUCGGCCUGAUAUGCCCAAAGCUCAUCCUCUCUGUCCAACUUGCUUUGAACUGUCCGAUUCUUUCCUCUUCCAAGCUAUGUUAGGCCAGGUGAUGCGAUGUUGCCAUUUGUCACACAACUCUCACAACCUCGUUCUACAAUAUAACAGUGCUCAUUGCUGCCACAAGUGCUGUUGGCAAAUUUGGCCGUAAAUUUGAUGGCAGCACAGCUCAUUAUGAUAAACCACCAUUUAAGGGAUCCUCUGCCAUCUCUCACGCCGUGUCAGUGCAGAACGAGUCUGCAAACUCCCGUUUAUGUCUGUACGUAGGAAAGCAGGUUGUGUCCCUUCAAAGAAACCUUAACCCACUAAAACGUUGACCCGUAUGGGUAAACGUUUUAGUGUAAUUUCACCUUGUUGCCGUGGUUUUCAGAUGUCUCUUCAUCAUCGGGAGAUUUCACUUGUGCGGGACAAGUUGCGGCAAAGUGCAGCAUUUGGUCAAAACUGAUGACAUUUGCCAAAUUGCGUGCAAUCUUUCAUAUUUACUAGAUUCUUGAAUGCGUCGUUUUGUUUGAUCUCAUCGUUAGAAGUCUGACGGCAUAUGUUUUUUGUUAUUUGGCUUUCAGUCAGUUUUUGUUGUUAAUUUUAAAUUUUCUUUGUUGUCGAAAACAUAACUGUGUGGGGUUUGUUUAUCUCUGCAUAUUCAUGAAGACAUGCUUCUUUCAUUGCCUUGUGUCGUUGAGCAUGUGUCUGUCCCUAUUGGAACUUGGAAGCCUUGCUAUGUGUUCGUGCUUUCUGUGUUCUAGCACGAAUCUGUUUUUCUUUUACGGGUCUCUGCUUUGUCUUGUUUUACGGCGGUAAUCACGCAGUCUCCUUCACUCUAUCCCUCAUCUUCUUUGUUUUCAGCAGUAAAGUUACUGUUGGGAUUUUACUGUGCAUUUCUAAAAGGGUGGGCAAAAUUGGCUGUUGUUAUCUGUGCACGGUUAUUUUCUUCUUCAUAAAAUGGCAUCCCACAUACCACUGCUGUAAUGCAUUUUACUCUUGGCUGCUAGCAGGUAGCUGGAAUGAGUACCUUAUCCUGCGUACUUUUGCGCACUUCGAUGCACCAUUACGUUUGUUUGCUCUCUUGAGCCACGCGUAGCAUAUUUUAAUGUGCCGUAGAAACACGACGGCAUACACAACGCGUAAGGUUUUGUUUGGUAAAAGGGGUGGGUGAAGUGGCCUAUGUUCUAAGCUCGAUAAGUGUCCUAUGUUCUAAGCUCGAUUAGUGUACCACUUUAUUUCGUUGUGUAAAUAAUUUUUCCUCCUUUCGAUUUUUUCUUUACAUGGCAGAGUACUUGUGGUGUUCACAAAUUUUCUCCCAUGCUAAAUUGUGCGUGUGCGUAUGAAAUGUGUGGUAUUUAAACGGUGUUCGGUCAACAAGCACAUGUACAGAAGCAUAUUUCAUGUGUAGAAGAAGAAUCGUAUUCACAAAAGCCAUGACACAAGUCCAGAGCCACGACAUUGCGAGAUCAGAAAGUUUACACGCAGGACAGGCAUCCUGUUUACCUAGCGGACAUUCAUGUAUAAUGUUUUGCAUCUCUGUCACCUCCUGUAGUUAGAGCAAAGACUUUAUUUCAUGUUUGAUGACAGAUUAUUUAUGAACACCUGCCUAUUUUGGCCUGUAUUAUUGCUUGCCAGCCAAAUAAAAGUCGUGUUGUACAUAG